CGAGGACGGAGGGAAAUUCCCGCCUAGGUGGUAGCCCUGGCAAGUCAGGGCUAAGGGUACGGGAGGUACGGGAGGUACGGGAGGUACGGAACUUGGAGAAAGAGGGCGGAGACUCUGAGGGAGCCCGACUGGAGUUUAGGGAGAUCUCUGGGUCCUCGGUUUGCUCAGCACUUGUUUCCCGCGAGUGCGGCGGACGUCUCGAGCUGUAACACCCUCGGCUUCCAAUCGCGCACAAUGAAGCGGAGCUGAGCGCCGGAAGUGGAGCCGAAAGAAAACAAGACCGAGCAGGGACCGAGGCCGGAAGAGGUGGGGGUUCGCGACGGAGGCGGUACCUACAAAGAAAACUGAAGAGCACAGACAAUGGGAGAUGCAGCAAAACCUUGUUUUUUCAAACGAAAUAAAGAACGUGGAAUUAUAGAUGAUGAUUUCAAGAGGGCUUCUCCACAACCAGACUGUUUAAUAAUGGAUGAUUCUGGUAAUGGACAUAGCAGUAAAACAGAAAAAGGCCUUCCCCCAAAAAAAGGAAUACCACCAGGGAACUAUGGGAAUAGCCCCAGGAAAGGACCGCAUGCUAUUUCAAGCAGCCCAAAUGCAUCUAAAAACAUGGGUCACGGGCAAGGAGGAAGAAUAAAUGACAGCCACAAAGAUAAUAUUAGAAGAUGGCUUACUGAUGAAUUGAAUGAAACAGACAACUGGUUAGAUUUCAAAACUGGCUCUAGGAUUUCUGUUAUAAACCGGCCAAGAAAAGACCCAUUUCAGGAAGGUGAAGAUGGCCAUAGGUGGCAAGAUGGAAGAGGAAGCAGAAGUGUAAGAUGGCAACUUCAGAAAGACCUAACAAACAUAGAAAUUUCAGAAAUGCAGACAGGAGGCUCUGAAAACAAGAAGCCAAAGAAACCCAGAAAAUCAAGGAGAACUAGAAAAGAAGAGCAUGAUCAAGAAGAAGACAUGGAUGGGCCUGUUAUAGAUGAGUCAGUGCUGUCAGUAAAAGAAUUACUGGGCUUAAGACAGGCUGAAGAACGAUUAAAGAGAGAUUGCAUUGACAGACUAAGAAAGCGCUCACGAAACUACCCCACAGCAAAAUACAUAUGCAAACUCUGUGAUGUCUUAGUUGAUUCCAUUGCAUCUGCUCAUAAGCACAUCAAAGAGAAGAGGCACAAGAAAAACAUAAAGGAAAAACAUGAAGAACAGCUGCUUACUACCUUGCCUCCACCAACACCCUCCCAGAUAAAAGCUAUUGGUGUUGCCAUUGACAAAGUGGUAGAGGAGUUUGGCUUAAAUAAUGAAGACUUAGAACAAAGACUUGAAAUAAAACAAACCAUGGAAAAACUGUUCCAUCAGAAGUUACCAGAUUGUUCUUUAAGAUUGUAUGGGUCAUCUUAUAGCAGAUUUGGUUUCAAAAAUUCGGACUUAAACAUUGAUGUUCAGUUUCCAGCCACUAUGACUCAACCAGAUGUGCUUUUACUUAUUCAAGAAAUUUUAAAGAGCAGUGAAUCUUUCAUUGAUAUUGAUGCAGAUUUCCAUGCUAGGGUGCCAGUGGUGGUGUGUCGAGAAAAACAAAGUGGCCUCAUUUGUAAAGUGAGUGCAGGAAAUGAAAAUGCUUGUCUGACUACAAAUCAUUUAGCUGCUCUUGGAAAACUAGAACCUAAACUGGUGCCUCUAGUAAUAGCCUUCAGGUAUUGGGCAAAGCUUUGCUGUACAGAUCAUCCUGAAGAAGGAGGCUUACCAUCCUACGUAUUUGCCCUAAUGGCCAUUUUCUUUCUUCAGCAAAGAAAAGAACCAGUUCUUCCUGUAUAUCUAGGAUCAUGGAUUGACGGAUUCUCAUUGAAUAAAUUAGUAAAUUUUAACCUUAAAGAAGUUGAAAAUGAUUUGGUGGUUUGGGAACAGACUACUAUGAGAGAUGAUGAAUCAUCUAAGGAAACAUCUUUUAAAAGAGGAAAGGUUCCAUUGGUAUUUGAUUUAGAAAACCAAUGUUCUGCACCAGUUGGGCAGCUCUGGGUAGAAUUGCUUCGUUUCUAUGCUUUAGAAUUUAAUUUGGGUGAUUUGGUCAUCAGUAUACGUGCCAAAGAAGCUAUAUCUCGUGAAGCAAAAGAUUGGCCCAAAAAGCGCAUUGCUGUGGAAGAUCCAUACUCCGUUAAGAGGAAUGUGGCAAGAACUUUGAACAGUCAACUGGUUUAUGAAUAUAUACUUCAUUGUUUAAGAGCAACAUAUAAGUAUUUUGCUAUCCCCCACAAAAAAGCAAUAAAGACCACUCCCAAAAAGCCUAUGAAUAUAAAUAUAGAUGCAUCUGAAACAUCCAAAAACCUAAAAGAUGAUGUAAAACAUGAUCCUGAGGUACAAGUAAUGAAUAACAAAAUUGUGGUUGUGAGUGACUAUGUUGAUGCUACCAAUAUUGUAGAAAACUUCAAGGCACAUCAAAGAAAUACUAUAAAGGUGUUUGAUGGUUUUGAAAGCCCAACAGAAGAGUUAGGAGAUAUUCAAGUUGGAAUCAACCAAGGAGACUUAGAUUGUAUCAUUGAAGAAGUAAUUUUUGAUGAUUCUGAGGAUUUCAAACCACACUAUGAGGAAACAGAAAGUGGAAAUGAUGAAGAUGAGGAGGAGGAAGAGGAACCUGAUAGACAAGACUGGGAGAAAAAUUUGACAACUAUGGAUCAAGAAUUAGAUGAUGACAGUGAAAAUGGAGAACUACUUGCCCAUCCCAAUGAUCUUGACAUGGAGACUGACAGCAUUUCAGAUUUAGAGAGUUUCCAAAACAUUACAAUAACUGAAAGGGAUGAUUUUGUUACAGUAGAUGACAAAGUUGACAUGGAUGAGGAAAGUACAGAAGGUACAGAUGAAUUAGAAGACUCAAACAAGGUUACACAUUCAGUACAGGGCCAGACAUCAGAAAUCACUAAUUCAGAUGAUGAGGAAGAGGAUGAAGAAGAAGCCAGGCAUACCAUCAAUGAAAGAGAGAGUGUUAUUGUACAAGAUGAGUUAGACUCAUAUACUGGAUAUGGAGAUGAGGAUGCCCUCUCUGAAGAGGAUGAAUUAAUUGUUCCUGUUAAAUAUGAAGAUUUGAAAGAAGUUGGAAAAACUGUAGAUGAACCCUUGCUAAUGGAAUUAAAUGAAAAGUAUCCUCUUAUGGAAGAAAAUGUAUGUGAGGAAGAUUCAGCUUUAGAUCAUUUGGACCUAUUCUACGAAUUUAGUAAACCUGUCUUCACCAAGGGCAAGCCUCCUACUGUAGUAUGUAGUUUGUGCAAGCGAGAGGGUCACCUAAAAAAGGAUUGCCCUGAAGACUUCAAAAAAAUUGAAUUGGAUCCUUUGCCACCUUUAACACCCAGAUUUUCAAAUAUAUUAGACCAAGUUUGCAUCCAGUGUUACAAGGAUUUUUCUGCAACUGCUUUAGAAGAUCAGGCUCGUGAACAUAUUCGACAAAACCUAGAAAGUUUCAUAAGACAGGAGUUUCCAGGCACCAAGUUGAGCUUAUUUGGUUCCUCCAAAAAUGGAUUUGGGUUCAAACAGAGUGAUCUGGACAUCUGUAUGACAAUUGAUGGACUAGAAACUGCUGAGGGAUUAGAUUGCAUAAGAAUGAUUGAAGAACUUUCAAGAGUCCUCAAAAAACAUUCAGGACUCAGAAAUGUCUUGCCCAUUACUACAGCAAAAGUACCCAUUGUCAAGUUUUUCCAUGUGAGAAGUGGUCUUGAAGUGGAUAUUAGUUUGUAUAACACAUUGGCCCUUCAUAAUACCAAACUUUUAGCUGCUUAUUCUGCCAUUGAUCCCAGAGUGAAAUAUUUGUGCUAUACUAUGAAGGUAUUUACAAAGAUGUGUGAUAUUGGCGAUGCAUCGAGAGGAAGUUUGUCAUCAUAUGCAUAUACUCUUAUGGUGCUUUACUUUCUUCAACAAAGAGAUCCACCAGUUAUUCCAGUUCUUCAAGAGAUAUAUGAAGAGGAGAAAAGACCUGAAAUAAUUGUCGAUGGUUGGAAUACUUAUUUUUUUGAUCGAAUAAGUGAAUUGCCAGCCUUUUGGCCAGAACAUGGAAAAAAUACAGAAUCUGUUGGGGAACUGUGGCUGGGGCUCCUUCGAUUUUAUACAGAAGAAUUUGAUUUUAAAGAACAUGUUAUUUGUAUCAGGAGAAGAAGUCUACUUACAACUUUCAAGAAGCAAUGGACUUCAAAAUACAUUGUUAUUGAAGAUCCCUUUGAUUUGAAUCAUAAUCUUGGUGCUGGACUAUCAAGAAAAAUGACAAAUUUUAUAAUGAAGGCUUUUAUCAAUGGUAGAAGACUAUUUGGUAUCCCAGUAAAAGGAUUCCCUAAAGAAUAUCCUUCAAAAAUGGAAUAUUUUUUUGACCCAGAAGUAUUAACAGAAGGAGAAUUGGCACCAAAUGACAGAUGUUGCAGAAUUUGUGGUAAAAUUGGACAUUUUAUGAAAGACUGUCCCAUGAGAAGAAAAGUGAGGCGCCGGCAUGAUCAUGAAGAUAUUAAAAACCAAAGAUAUCCUGAAAACAAUGAAAAAAGAAACAAAGAUGACAAAGAAAUUCAAAAUAAAAGCACAGAAAGAGAAAUGUUAGUAAAAGAGGGGAAAUUGCAGAGUACACCUCAGAAAAACAAACAAGGAAGAGGAGUAGUACUGGAAAUGGGAAGAGAGAAAGUUUCCAGGCAAUCAUUAGAAAAAUGGAAGCGACAAGAUGACAAAGACUUAAGAGAAAAACGUUGUUUUAUUUGUGGAAGAGAAGGACAUAUUAAAAAAGAUUGCCCACAGUAUAAAGGAGCUACAGGUGUGUCUAAAUCAGAUGGUGUAUUUGGGUCUCCUUCCCCUGGUCCCUUGAAACAAACCGGCAAACUCAAUCAGGCAAUUCAUCUACAUGAAGAAAAAAAGAAACAAAAAGGAAAGAUAUUUUUGAGUCCCCAAUCAGGGAAAUGAUUUUUCUCCUGAGGACUGCUUUAGCUGCAUUCCAGAAAUUUUGGCAGCCUUUCCAAUAAAUACAUGACUCAGGGAAAAGCCUCACAGAAGAGGACCCAACAAGAAUCGUGAGGGAACAGAGCACCAUUAAUGGCAUUCACAUAAACUCUGAAAAUGAGGCUAUUUUACCUAAAGCAGCUCAAGUAUACAGGACAUGGCAGCACAUAUCAGGCUUCACCUUAACAUUUAAGGAAAAUGGCAGUUGGUCUUUUUUAUUUAAUGAAAUUGCUAAUUUUUUAAACAAAUUUUAAUAUUGUCCAACUGCCACAGGCCACCUGCUCUUACUAAAUUUGAGCAAUUUAAUUAAACUCCAUUUUGUUUGUCUUUGAUAACUAGGUUUAAAAAUGUGUAGUUAGGACCUAGUACAUAAUAAACAUAUUCCCCAUGGUGUUUUUAAUCCUUUCAAAACAUACUAAAAAUGUGAUGUAGAAAUUAGCUUUCUUCCUUCCCCUGCAAAUGUACUUUUUGUUUUGAAAAGGGUAAAUGGUAUUUAUUGAUGUUUACUGAAUCCUUGUGUAAAAGAGUUUCAGAUGUGGACUGCCUCCACUGUGUCCACAAAAAUAUCUGUUGAAAAUUUGGUAACAUGGACAGUAGUAAACUUUUAUGUAAAAUUUCUAUGGACAAGGAGUGCCACUGAAAGUUUUUUUGUUUUGUUUUGUUUCCCCUUCUCUUUAAAUAUGAGUUGACAUACUUGCUGCACUUAUGUAAAAAUGGAGAUCUGUAAAAAUGGAGAUCUGAAACAAGUUGUCCUAUUUGAUGCUGCUAAGAAUAAUACAUCUAUUAUCUGUAAAACAUGUCAGAGAAAUAUAAGUUCUUUCACUGUGGAUUUCUAAUGCUCUACAAAUUGAAGAGGCCAUACCUGCCAAUCAAGAUCUCAAUAUCAUCUUGGGCUGUUUAGAGACCUUCAGAGAUAUAAUCUUUAACUUCACAAGUCACUGAAAAAUAAUAUAUCUAGUAAAUGGUCCAAACUAUGCUUCCAUUAUUUAUGAUUUUGAAAUAAAAAGCAAAUUUUCAAUCUUUA